AUGGUGACGACCUUCAAGAUUGCGGUACUUGGGGCCCAAGGAGUGGGGAAAAGUGCAAUUGUGCGUCAGUUUAUGUACAACGAAUUCAGCGAGACUUGUGUUCCCACCAAAUCUCGUCGUGUCUUCCUACCAGCUGUUGUCAUGAAUGGCCAUGUCCACGAACUUCAAAUCAUGGACUUCCCACCCAUAUCGUCUUUUCCAGUCAACACCCUACAAGAGUGGGCAGAUUCCUGCUGCCGGGGGCUCAGAAGUGCACAUGCUUACAUCCUCGUCUAUGACAUCUGUUGCUUUGACAGCUUUGAAUACAUCAAAACCAUAAGGCAACAGAUCUUGGAAACCAGAGUGAUCGGCACAUCUGAAACUCCAAUUAUUAUUGUUGGGAAUAAGCGUGACUUGCAACGAGGACGUGUGAUCCCACGAUGGAACGUGUCUCAUCUAGUGAAGAAGACCUGGAAAUGCGGCUACAUUGAGUGCUCUGCCAAGUAUAACUGGCACAUACUGCUACUUUUCAGUGAGCUGGUUAAGAGUGUUGGCUGUGCAAGAUGCAAGCAUGUACAUGCUGCAAUACGCUUUCAAGGGGCACUACGUCGCAACCGGUGUUCUAUCAUGUGA